GGGAUGCCAGCUUUUUCAGAGACGUUACUGGAAGCUACUAGAAAUGAUGAAACACCAAGUAAUACACACUACUGACGUCUCACUAAGAGGAGUAUAAGUACAACUUGAAUUUGUCCGUGAACCUUAAACUCUUCUGAAGCUUCUUUACCUGGUUAGACACUCAAAUUAACUUUGAGGUUAGCAUUAGCAUUAGCCGGAACCAGGAAGAGCUUCCCAGCAACCGACUGGACUCACAGAUUUUGUCAUUAUGAGAAACCGACAGAGGGGAUCCCACCUGGGCCUGAUGCUCCUGGCCUCUCAGGUGUUUCAGGUGGGACUGAACAACAUCCCUCCGGUCACUCUGGCUGUUCUGGGGCUCAAUGUUUACCUUUUCCUGUUCCCCGCUGCUCCAUUGAUGAGGGCUUGUGUGAGUGUCCAGCAGGCGUACUGGUUUAAAGACUGGCGUCGACUUCUUCUUUCUCCACUCCAUCAUGCGGACGACUGGCAUCUGUACUUCAACAUGGUGUCCUUCCUCUGGAAAGGAACCAAGCUGGAGCGCCGGCUGGGAGGAGCCUGGUUCAUCUACCUGCUGUCAGUCUUCUCUCUGCUCACCGGAUUGGUCUAUCUGGUGCUGGAGGCGGUACUUACAGAGCUGACCCAGGACCAGUCCUACAGCAUGGCCUGUGCUGUUGGCUUCUCAGGUGUUCUAUUUGCUUUGAAGGUGCUCAAUAACCAUUAUCAUCCUGGAGGUGUGACCUAUGUGUAUGGUUUCCCCGUACCUAAUCACUAUGCUAGCUGGGUGGAGCUAAUCCUAAUCCACAUAACAGCACCUGGGACAUCUUUCGUUGGUCACCUGGCAGGUAUCCUGGUCGGUCUGCUCUACACCACUGGACCACUGAAGCCCAUCAUGAAGAAAUGUGCAGAGUUUGUGACAUCGAAUGGCUCUUACUCACGGCCCGCUUCAUACUACAACUCCUCAGGAUCUUCAGGCUACCGUGGUACUGGUGGAGGAUAUGCAGGAAACCAUCAGUAUGCACCACAUUACACAACAGAUCAUACAGCACCAUAUACAGGUGGACUGACAGAAGAAGAGCAGUUAGAAGCAGCCAUCAGAAACAGUCUGAAUGACAGAGGACAAACCAACCAGAGAGGAGCUCCUCCUCCGUAUGGUUUCAACCUCUCUGAUGAGGACACAGCAGAGGAAAUCAGAUGGAGAAGACUGAGGAGGUUCGACAGCUGAGCUGCCAGACAGCAGCAGCAGAAGAGAAGACAAAUGCUUUGUUGACAAGACGCAGAAAGUCUGGUCCAAACUCUGCUUCCACAGACUGAUGAGGAGCGUUCUAAAUGACAAGGUUUAACCACAGCCUCACACAUUUUAGAGCUCUUUCACUGUGUGGUUCUCUUUGUUAACGUGCCCCUGAGCUUUAGCUGGUAUGCUGUGAAAAGUCUAAUGUGAAGGGUACAAUGUAUGUAUCGAUGCUGAAGUUGUCUUUGCAAUUGCUCAUAUGGGAUUUAUGGGCAAAGUUCCAACGGAAUAUAAAUUGUGAAGUAGUUAGUAGCCAUCAUAGUACUUUAAAUGCUGUUUAAUGUUUAAAAUCUAUACAUGAAUCUGAGAAAUACCAAAUAUUGGUCGAACACUGCUAUAUUUAGACCUGUCAAACCUGGUGGAUUGAUGGAGAUUUCAAAAGUUUUGUUUAAACAGCACUGAACACUUAAUACGAAAUGUAGUAAAAGAGAUGUUACAUUGAAGAGUCAUUUGAGAAUCAUUAUCCCUUAAAUUUACCCUUAAAUUCAAAAAGCUAUGAAGGGAUGUGAUUGGAAAAUACUCUAUUUGAAACAGCUUGAUACUGAAGCUAACAUGGAAGCAAGGAGGGCUUCUAAUCUCAACAGGCCUGUACUUCAUUUACUCAACUUCAAAAUUCAAUAUUGAGAGAAAAACUGGGGAAAUAAAGCUGGAAUUAAAAUUUUAAAGGAUGAAAAUUAAAUUCCUCACCACCCCCCCACCCUCCGAGAUGUUAAAUCUGAACCGGCCGGUAUUUUCAAAGCAGGUUCAGCAAAAAUACACCAGCAACACCCACAUGACAUCCUGACUCAUUCUUUUUUUUUUGUUUUUUUUUUUUGUAAGAUUAGCCUUUUUAGAUUACCAAAACAUGACUAUAUUUUUAUACUCUCCUGUUACUAUGGGUGAUGAAUGCGCUACAUCAAAAGGUAAACAUCUGUUUUCAUAUAGCCCCAAUAUGCCUGGUAAUCUGUAAUAAAUGUUCUUUUUAAGCACA